CUAUCUUUUUUAUUGUUUAAGUUCAAUGUCCAUUGCUGAACAAUACUUUCCAGAAGAGCCAAAGGCUCCAGUUGUUAAGUCAACUGAGUUCCCAGGUCCUCAAACUAAAGCCAAGAUUAACUCCCUUGGUGACUAUAUGGACAACCGUCCUGUUUACUUUGUUGCUGACUAUGAAAAAUCUGUCGGUAACUACAUUGUUGACGUUGACGGAAACACUUUACUUGAUGUCUACGCACAAAUUGCAUCCAUCCCUCUUGGUUACAACAACCCAGCUCUUAUCCAAGCUGCUAAAUCCGAUAAGAUGAUUAGAGCAAUCGUUGACCGUCCUGCUUUAUCCAACUUUCCUGGUGCUGACACUGAAGAAAUCAUUGCUGAGUUGAUCAAGGUUGCUCCAAAGGGUCAAGAUAAGAUCUUUUCUGGUCUCUCUGGUGCUGACGCCAAUGAAUUGGCUUUUAAGGCUGCUUUCUUCUGGUACCAAUCUCAAAAGAGAGGAUUCCACACUGACUUUAGUGCUGAAGAAAACAAGACUGUCAUGGAAAACGCUGCUCCAGGUUCUCCAGAACUUGCCAUUAUGUCUUUCGACCGUGCUUUCCACGGUAGAUUGUUUGCAUCCGCCUCUUGUACUCGUUCCAAGCCAAUCCACAAGCUCGAUAUGCCAUCUUUCAAGUGGCCAAAGGCUGAAUACCCAUCAUACAAAUACCCAUUGGACAAGCAUGUGGCUGAAAAUGCCGAAGAAGACAAGAGAUGUUUAGCCAUUGUCGAUAACCUUUUCAAGACUUGGCACGCUCCAAUUGCCGCUUUACUUAUUGAACCAAUUCAAUCUGAAGGUGGUGACAACCAUGGUUCUAACGAAUUCUUCCAAGGUUUAAGAGAUAUUACCUUAAAGUAUGGCGCUUUGAUGAUUGUUGACGAAGUCCAAACUGGUGUUGGUGCCACUGGUACUAUGUGGUGUCACGAACAUUUCAACUUGUCUCCAGCUCCAGACAUGGUUACAUUCUCCAAGAAGUUCCAAUCUGCCGGUUACUACUUCCACGACCCAGAAAUCAUUCCAAAUGUUGCUUACCGUCAAUUCAACACUUGGUGUGGUGACCCAGCUAGAAUGAUCUUAGCUGGUGCCAUCGGUGCUGAAAUCCUUAAACACGACUUGGCUGCCAAGGCUCAAAAGGUUGGUUCUUACUUGUUUGGAAAGUUGGAAGCUUUGCAAGUUAAGUAUCCAAAGCACCUUAGAGACUUGAGAGGUAAGAACCGUGCAACUUUCAUUGCUUGGUCUUUAGAAGAUGGUGCUGCCAGAAACAAGUUUUUGAGUGACAUGAAGACUGUUGGUAUUAACAUUGGUGGUUGUGCUGAAGACUCUGUCAGAUUGAGACCAACUUUAGUCUUUGAGGAAAAGCACGCUGAUAUUUUGGUUGCUGGUAUUGAAAAGGUUUUGUCUGGUUACUAAGGGGUUUCGCUCUCAAUAGUAAAAUAUUGAAUCAAUUUUGCAACCACAAAUAUAAAUAGAGUAAAUAAUAAUAAUUGGGAAUAAAUACAAACUUAUUUUGAGA